ACCUAGGUGCCUGCCUAGGAGACACACGCUUUAACCCACGCGUUGUCCCUACCGAUCCUCUUUUCCGUUAUUUCAUUAAAAUGGCCCAAGUUGCUCCGGGCCUUGGGCCAGAUCCUAACGAACGUCCAUGCUACAAUUGUGGUGUUCGGGGCCAUAUGUUCACUGCAUGUCCCGAGGAGCCUCGGAAAGUGCCGGCUGGACUAGAGGCCUCUUGGGCGCGACAACAAUCGAGUAGCAGUCCUCAUAAUCACAGCUUCGUGCCCAACAAGCGAAGUAAAGGGCCGGUAAUUACGCGUUAUCCCCCUCCCCCCCCUCUCGCUUCUUCCCAUCAGACGCCUCCACUGCCUCGUUUCGAGAACUCUCCGCCUCAACCUUACCAUUCGGGCACAAUCCCGAUCUAUCCUCCGCCGCCAUCAUACGGUCCGGGAUUUGGAAGUCAUCCUCCGCCGAAUCCACCUUAUGAUAGAUAUGGACCUCCCGGACCUCCGCCGCCUGGCUUCCACCAGCCAUUGAAUCCCCCGCCUUACCAAGGCGCGUACAAUACUGCGUAUGGUCCGCCAGGUCACACUCCUGGACCCUUUGACCAUCAUUCCCCCCUUCCUAGGCGUCCUAAUCAGUAUUUCUCUAAUGACUACCCCCCUGGUCCUCCCGGUCCUCCUGGCCCUCCUGGCCGGCCUGACUCGUACCCGCCUAGUCAACACCCCGUGGGUCCUCCAGGUCCUCCGUACGGGGCACACCAGCAGUAUCCACCCGGACCUCCUCCGCCCCAAUAUCCACCCCCAAGUUAUGUACCCCCGGCUACCUCAUAUGGGCUUCAAGGGCCUCCCCCCGGGUAUCAUCAAGGUGAAUAUAGUCCGCCUCAGCGCGAACCGCCUGUUAUCUUCCAACCAUAUCCGCCUUCCGAGCCUUAUGUUCCGCAGUACGCAAAUGAUAGGAAUCGACAUGAACGCGGUAGGGAACACCAGCGCCGUUAUGAUGAUAGGCGUCCGAAUGAACCUUGGCACCCCCAUGAUGCGUGGCAUGAUGCUUCGCCAUCGAACGGGCAGUCGUACAGAGAUGAAUACCGCGAGGGCUGGCAUGGUAAAUCCUCAUAUCGAGAUGAUCGACAUUCUCGUAGGCGGGGACAUAAUAGGCCUCAAGACGAGCGUCGUCGAGACCGUCAAGAUCGCCAAGACCGGUUUCAGCCUUAUAAAGACUCGGACAAGUGGGAUAGGUAUCACCGACGAAAACAUCCAGCAAGGAAGACUUCAAGUGAGACGACACGCCGCGAUAGGAGCCCACUAGGUAGAGAAAAUCCCGCUGCAGUUAAGACAGAUCAAGAGCGCGAGCCUGGCGAGAUAGUAUCCGAGCCGACUUCGGCGUCCGAUCACGUUGAUCCUGAAUCAACCUUUGACACCGCUAAAGAUGAGAGUAGCGAAGAUCUUAGUUGGGAUGAGCGGACUAUCUUUCUAGAGCUUCCGCUAAAUAGCAAGGUAGACCCUAUUGCAGCACCUUUACCGACGCAAUACUUCGAGGACAUAAUGAUACCUCCAGCAUUCGACGCUAAGGCUUUGAAAUCGCGGUACAUCACACCACGUAACAUUGACGAUUUCGCACAGAGUAUCCGCGAAACUAGGGAUUGGCAGAUAAUGAAGCAUCAUCCUCUAUUUUUAGAUCCGACGGAAAUUCGUCCUGAGAAAUUGGAUGAUUACAAUAAAGCAAUCGAUAAAGACAUGCAUAGCAGGGCCAAUCGCCGAGAGCAUUCUAGAAAUAUGCACGAUACGACUAAACAUCGUCUCGGCAAUCCAAAGGGAUCAAAUCGACAUCAGGGGAAACACCAAGAUUCGCGUCACAGAAUGGAUACUAAGAAGAGGACAUGGGAGCAUUUUGAUGAGGACCGUGACGACUCUGGAUGGAAGAAGCGCACUCGUGAUUCACCAUACGAUGACACACUCAAGAAAAGAUUAAAACCUGCAUCCCCGCCCGAGCCUGGCGAGGUGGUCGAGGCUGAUUCUGAGCAACCUAUCCACACGCUCCCGAGGGAAUCCUUGAUAGGCCCUAAUGCUACUAAAUGGGCCUCAGGGUCAAGAGAACCACUGGAUAGCCAAUCACGACCUGAAAAUGUCGAUAACAAGGACAAUAGGCCAAGUCAAGAAACGGCGGCCAAGCGUACCGACCUAUCACCAAAAGAUGGUCAAGACGUCGCCAAUGCUCGUUUGUCACCACUGUCAAGCCAGCCAGCAGACAUCCCGCAGACAUAUAGUCGACCACCAAGCAGGCAGAGCUUCAAAGGGGUCAUUGGAAGCCCAGCUGGUAGUAGGCGCUCCUCAUUCGGAAGCGAUAUGUCUGGUUCUCAAGGAUCGUCACUUGACCCUAUCGAACGUGAACUACUAGGAAUGGGACGGCCUUCAAGCAGUGACACCGAUAGCGGAGCGGAAUCAACGAAGAGACACCUGAGUGAUGCGGCUACAAGAUUCAAGCGCCGACAGCCUAUGCUUGAGGCAUAUUCACGUCGUUGGUAAUGAGACAAGGCUAAGAGUUUUGUGGCAAUAAAGACAGUCAUCCUAUACAAGGCACAGGGCGAUACGAGAUGUAUGUUUGAAUCCAGGAAUCCUCAGCUAGCCCCUAGUCGAUGGUUGAGGUACGGGUUAGUAUAAGUAAGCGUCUAUUCUUUCCUAACACAAUGACUCUAAUGACCGAGCCAUGGUAUAAUGGGGUUACGGUUUGAAGACUGGUGCAUAUUGGAACAUGACAUAGGUUCUGUCCUCAGGGGAAGUUAUACAUAAUAGCAGAGGGGAAGGCGUUUCUU